GGCUCUGGCAGCACCAUGAAAUCAGGUGGCCUCCUCCUCCUCCUCCUCCUCUCCGUGGCCCUGCUGGCCCUGGGGGCCCACUGCAUGCCCUCUUUGGAUGCCAAGGAAGAACAAGCCAAGGACGGCUACUGCUACAACGUGCCCCCCGUGGCGAACAUCUUCGAAGAGAGGAACUGUAGCGUCUGCCUCCAAAACAAGUCCUGCUCCACCUGUGCCAAUGACUCCCAGUGCCCGGGCACCCAGAAGUGCUGCCCAGGGGACUGUGGCUACGUCUGCCAGGAAGCCGUCAUUGACUUUUGCCGCCUGCCCUCGGUCUGCGGAAACUGCAAGGCGAUGUUUGCUCGCUACUUCUACAAUGCCUCCACCCAGAAAUGUGAGCAGUUCGUCUACGGCGGCUGCGGUGGGAACAAGAACAAUUUUGACACGGUAGAUGACUGCAUCCGGACCUGUGGGAAGUCCCGGACAGCCUAGACUGAGAAAGCCAUCGGGGCAGCCCUGUCCCCUCACUGCGAGAUCUAACUCCACCCUCCUCUCAGCAGCUGCACCUUCUUUCCUGGCCUGGUGGAGAAGGGGCUCAGAGACCCCUGACAUCUUUGACUCUGUUUCAGAAAAUGGGGUGAGAGGACCAAGGGAUCCUGGGUGCGCGUUCUGCCUGCUCUCCAGCCUGCCAGCUCCCUGAUCAUGGUUUCCUGGGAAUGCCUCGCCCUCUGCAACGCGUCCGACAUGUUUCUGCAUGAAAGCAAUAUCUGUGUCGAAAGCCUGUGUCACAAUCGAUACUUCACCCCAGUUUGACACUUCCCUGCUGUUUCCUGUUUCCAGAGUCCUGGUCCUGGCAGGGGAGACCAAGAAUUUGUGCUUCAGGCCUCUUUCUCCACAUCUCUGUAGAUCCUUGAUCCUGUGGAGAAGUUGAGGGAUCUCCUAGAAUCAUAGAAUUGUGGAGUUGGAAGGGACCUCCAAGGGUCCUCUAGCCCAACCUCCUGCAAUGCAGAAUCCCUGACAGGUGGCCAUCAAACAUCUGCUGAUAAACCUCCAAGGAAGGAGAGUCCACCACCUUCUGAGGCAGAUCAUUUCACCCAAGGAGUGCUGCUGGAUGACACGCUGAUGUGGCAGGCCCCCUCAUGGUUUCUGUUGCCCCCCUCCACCCCGAUUGUUGGUUGCAGCUCCCACUGCCUGCUCCCCUGCAGCUGUCUCUGAGCUCUGUGACUACCUGAGUGGCGUGAGAUGCACUUGUUUGCACUUGGGAAGGGGAGAAGGGCUUUGCUAGGAAAUAUGGCUGCAGUCCCCACACCAAGGAAACAAAAACUGCAUUUGUCCAAACAAAGCUCAUAGCAGACAGGUGCUCCCUUAUGUCCAAGAUACAGAAAAAGGCAGAUAUCGGCUGCCUCCUGAGUAUUAAGGUCCUAGAAUCCUAGAACAGUAGAGUUGGAAGGGACCCCA